GCCCAAUUCACGAUUUGCUGGAAUCUCGGUAGAUGUGGUCGAUCUCGUUCCGGCUUAGCCUGGCUCAAGAGCAAGAUUGCUGUAGUCACCUUCCUCUCACCUACCGCCAGUCCACCUUGGAUUGACAUUGCCAUGAAGCCCUCGUGCGUUGUGGCCUUCUUGUUUGCUUUGGCUUUCAAGGCCGGUGUGUCUGCCGACACCCUUCGGGUCGACGCCGGAACAGACGUCGCGGAUGCCGGAGGAACGGAAACCGCGGAAGCGUGCCAGUCUGGGAGCCUGAUCCAACGCCUGAGCUCAUCCCAUAAGGUGCUGUCCGACACGGAGGCGAUGCCAGCGGAGUCCCUCAAGACACCAGAGAUCAAGGAGAAGAAGAAGAAGAAGAAGAAGAUGAUGAAGAAGCAAAAGUCGGACAAGAAACACGCGGAUUUCAUGGCCUUUCUCGCCGAGGCAAAAAAGGAUGGGCCUGGGCAUCCCGAGGGCUCUGAGUGCGAGCCGGCAGGAGCUCCGCUAUUGGGCGAGAACAGGGCAAAGUUCGAGCUGCUUUCGCAGAAGGUCUCCGCCCUCGACCUGGACCCUGUCCUCGCCCGCCUUGUCAAGAAGAACGAUUACGCGCCCAAGCUUGCGAAGAGGGCCGCUGAUGAGUACCGGAAGUUCCUUGUCUUGAUGGGCAUGGGGGAGACACCGAUCGCCUCCCAUAUGGUUCUCGACGCCUGGCAUUCACACAUCAUGCCGCCAGUGCCUGUAAUUUCGCGCGAGACCAGGUACACGAAGAUGUACGAGCGGGACUGCCAGGAGGUAUUUGGCCACCAGCUGGAGCAUGACCCCCUUGGUCAGCAAUUGGAAGAAAGUCGCCUGAAGCAGACGCAGCAGCAGAUCUGUGAUUACUUCGGCAUGGUUGACCGACUUGUGUGGUCGGCAGCAAAGCCAGCUGCUCUCUCGGAGAGCACGGACCCUUCUGACACAGCGGCCAUCAUGGAUCAGUGGCUGGACCACAUCAACGAGGAGGUUGAACUCCGCAAAGGUCUCCUGGCAGAGAACGUCCACGUGAUGGUGGCUUCACAGCACACCAACACGGCCGUGACGCACACGGGCCUCGAGAACGCUCUGUCCUUCUUCCACCACUACAGCCAUGCCACCAGAGCCCGGAAGUUCCUGUCCGUGGACCACGAGGCCUUUGCCAUCGAGAUUGAGAAGGGCAAGCGCAUGGGGGCCGACAUCUUCGAGGUGGACUCCGAGGGGAAGAUUCUGGACGUGAAGAUCUUCAUGGCCACCCUUUUCAAGGACGUAGACGACCUCAACGACGCAGGGCUCGAGAAUCUCACCUUGCACUACACGGGCAACGGCGUCGCUUUGACCAAAGCCGCCAUGGAGACGUGGAUGCUCAAUUUCAACAACAACGCAGCUGAGAAGCACGACCUUCUGGCGGCCGACGUGCGCCUGACGCAUAUGUCGCAAGUGACCGAUGCGCCUGAAACUCGUGACGGGAAGGCUGAAGUGAUAGACUUCUUCCGCGACUUCGAAAAUGCCACUGGGGCUCGAGAGUUCCUUUCCGUGGACGGAGGCGCCUUCAUGAUCGAGAACAAGGGCAAUAACCUCCACCCCCGGAUGGGACUCUUGAUUUUCGAGGUGAACCCCGAAGGCAAGAUCCAAGACAUCAAGAUUUGGGUGGCCUCCCUGCAGGGGGACAGAGACGACUUGAGCGACAGCGGCCUGACUAGCGUCGCGCCGUCGCUACUGGACUCACGCGGAGAGGGGGCCUCGGUUUCGGGUGCCUUGGCCAGCGCGACUGAGCCUGCUGUGUGCCAGCAAUCCGGCAGCCGACCAUCGCUGCAGCAGAUGCAGCGGUUCAACGCGUCGGUUGAAAAGGUGAAAGCGCUGGACCUGGAUGCUGUCGUGGCAGUUCUCGUGAAGAAGGACGGCUACUCGCCCACGAAGGCAGCAGAGCUCGCGGAGGAAUACCGCAAGUACCUGGCCCUGGUGAGCAUCGGUCUCAGCCCCGUGCCGUCGAAGAAGGUGGAUGAUGCAUGGCACGCCCACAUCCUAAACACCAAAAAGUACCAGGCAGACACCCGCGCUCUGUUGGGCCACUUCCUCCAUCACGAGCCGGCGAACCUUCUCCUGGAGCAGCAGGGCCUCAAAGAGCAGAAAUCGUCCAUGGACAACAUGUUCUUGCGCACCAAGAUGCAGCUCUGCGACUACUAUGGCCGCGUCGAUGAAGCGGCGUGGUCCAAGGAAGACGUUGCUCUUUGCGACAAGGCGUUGGAAGAUUUACUUGGCCCAAUUCACGAUUUGCGCUGGAACCUCGGUAGAUGUGAUCGAUCUCGUUCCGGCUCAGCCUGGCUCAAGAGCAAGAUUGCUGUAGUCACCUUCCUCUCACCUACCGCCAAUCCACCUUGGAUUGACAUUGCCAUGAAGCCCGCGUGCGUUGUGGCUUUCUUGUUUGCUUUGGCUUUCAAGGCCGGGGUGUCUGCCGACACCCUUCGGGUCGACGCCGGAACAGACGUCGCGGAUGCCGGAGGAGCGGAAACCGCGGAAGCGUGCCAGUCUGGGAGCCUGAUCCAACGCCUGAGCUCAUCCCAUAAGGUGCUGUCCGACACGGAGGCGAUGCCAGCGGAGUCCCUCAAGAAGACACCAGAGAUCAAGGAGAAGAAGAAGAAGAUGAUGAAGAAGCAAAAGUCGGACAAGAAACACUCGGAUUUCAUGGCCUUUCUCGCCGAGGCAAAAAAGGAUGGGCCUGGGCACCCUGAGGGCUCUGAGUGCGAGCCGGCAGGAGCUCCGCUAUUGGGCGAGAACAGGGCAAAGUUCGAGCUGCUUUCGCAAAAGGUCUCCGCCCUCGACCUGGACCCUGUCCUCGCCCGCCUUGUCAAGAAGAACGAUUACGCGCCCAAGCUUGCGAAGAGGGCCGCUGAUGAGUACCGGAAGUUCCUUGUCUUGAUGGGCAUGGGGGAGACACCGAUCGCCUCCCAUAUGGUUCUCGACGCCUGGCAUUCACACAUCAUGCCGCCAGUGCCUGUAAUUUCGCGCGAGACCAGGUACACGAAGAUGUACGAGCGGGACUGCCAGGAGGUAUUUGGCCACCAGCUGGAACAUGACCCCCUUGGUCAGCAAUUGGAAGAAAGUCGCCUGAAGCAGACGCAGCAGCAGAUCUGUGAUUACUUCGGCAUGGUUGACCGACUUGUGUGGUCGGCAGCAAAGCCAGCUGCUCUCUCGGAGAGCAGGGACCCUUCUGACACAGCGGCCAUCAUGGAUCAGUGGCUGGACCACAUCAACGAGGAGGUUGAACUCCGCAAAGGUCUCCUGGCAGAGAACGUCCACGUGAUGGUGGCUUCGCAGCACACCAACACGGCCGUGACGCACACGGGCCUCGAGAACGCUCUGUCCUUCUUCCACCACUACAGCCAUGCCACCAGAGCCCGGAAGUUCCUGUCCGUGGACCACGAGGCCUUUGCCAUCGAGAUUGAGAAGGGCAAGCGCAUGGGGGCCGACAUCUUCGAGGUGGACUCCGAGGGGAAGAUUCUGGACGUGAAGAUCUUCAUGGCCACCCUUUUCAAGGACGUAGACGACCUCAACGACGCAGGGCUCGAGAAUCUCACCUUGCACUACACGGGCAACGGCGUCGCUUUGACCAAAGCCGCCAUGGAGACGUGGAUGCUCAAUUUCAACAACAACGCAGCUGAGAAGCACGACCUUCUGGCGGCCGACGUGCGCCUGACGCAUAUGUCGCAAGUGACCGAUGCGCCUGAAACUCGUGACGGGAAGGCUGAAGUGAUAGACUUCUUCCGCGACUUCGAAAAUGCCACUGGGGCUCGAGAGUUCCUUUCCGUGGACGGAGGCGCCUUCAUGAUCGAGAACAAGGGCAAUCACCUCCACCCCCGGAUGGGACUCUUGAUUUUCGAGGUGAACCCCGAAGGCAAGAUCCAAGACAUCAAGAUUUGGGUGGCCUCCCUGCAGGGGGACAGAGACGACUUGAGCGACAGCGGCCUGACUAGCGUCGCGCCGUCGCUACUGGACUCACGCGGAGAGGGGGCCUCGGUUUCGGGUGCCUUGGCCAGCGCGACUGAGCCUGCUGUGUGCCAGCAAUCCGGCAGCCGACCAUCGCUGCAGCAGAUGCAGCGGUUCAACGCGUCGGUUGAAAAGGUGAAAGCGCUGGACCUGGAUGCUGUCGUGGCAGUUCUCGUGAAGAAGGACGGCUACUCGCCCACGAAGGCAGCAGAGCUCGCGGAGGAAUACCGCAAGUACCUGGCCCUGGUGAGCAUCGGUCUCAGCCCCGUGCCGUCGAAGAAGGUGGAUGAUGCAUGGCACGCCCACAUCCUAAACACCAAAAAGUACCAGGCAGACACCCGCGCUCUGUUGGGCCACUUCCUCCAUCACGAGCCGGCGAACCUUCUCUUGGAGCAGCAGGGCCUCAAAGAGCAGAAAUCGUCCAUGGACAACAUGUUCUUGCGCACCAAGAUGCAGCUCUGCGACUACUAUGGCCGCGUCGAUGACGCGGCGUGGUCCAAGGAAGACGUUGCUCUUUGCGGCCCAAUUCACGAUUUGCGCUGGAACCUCGGUAGAUGUGAUCGAUCUCGUUCCGGCUCAGCCUGGCUCAAGAGCAAGAUUGCUGUAGUCACCUUCCUCUCACCUACCGCCAAUCCACCUUGGAUUGACAUUGCCAUGAAGCCCGCGUGCGUUGUGGCUUUCUUGUUUGCUUUGGCUUUCAAGGCCGGGGUGUCUGCCGACACCCUUCGGGUCGACGCCGGAACAGACGUCGCGGAUGCCGGAGGAGCGGAAACCGCGGAAGCGUGCCAGUCUGGGAGCCUGAUCCAACGCCUGAGCUCAUCCCAUAAGGUGCUGUCCGACACGGAGGCGAUGCCAGCGGAGUCCCUCAAGAAGACACCAGAGAUCAAGGAGAAGAAGAAGAAGAUGAUGAAGAAGCAAAAGUCGGACAAGAAACACUCGGAUUUCAUGGCCUUUCUCGCCGAGGCAAAAAAGGAUGGGCCUGGGCACCCUGAGGGCUCUGAGUGCGAGCCGGCAGGAGCUCCGCUAUUGGGCGAGAACAGGGCAAAGUUCGAGCUGCUUUCGCAAAAGGUCUCCGCCCUCGACCUGGACCCUGUCCUCGCCCGCCUUGUCAAGAAGAACGAUUACGCGCCCAAGCUUGCGAAGAGGGCCGCUGAUGAGUACCGGAAGUUCCUUGUCUUGAUGGGCAUGGGGGAGACACCGAUCGCCUCCCAUAUGGUUCUCGACGCCUGGCAUUCAAACAUCAUGCCGCCAGUGCCUGUAAUUUCGCGCGAGACCAGGUACACGAAGAUGUACGAGCGGGACUGCCAGGAGGUAUUUGGCCACCAGCUGGAACAUGACCCCCUUGGUCAGCAAUUGGAAGAAAGUCGCCUGAAGCAGACGCAGCAGCAGAUCUGUGAUUACUUCGGCAUGGUUGACCGACUUGUGUGGUCGGCAGCAAAGCCAGCUGCUCUCUCGGAGAGCAGGGACCCUUCUGACACAGCGGCCAUCAUGGAUCAGUGGCUGGACCACAUCAACGAGGAGGUUGAACUCCGCAAAGGUCUCCUGGCAGAGAACGUCCACGUGAUGGUGGCUUCACAGCACACCAACACGGCCGUGACGCACACGGGCCUCGAGAACGCUCUGUCCUUCUUCCACCACUACAGCCAUGCCACCAGAGCCCGGAAGUUCCUGUCCGUGGACCACGAGGCCUUUGCCAUCGAGAUUGAGAAGGGCAAGCGCAUGGGGGCCGACAUCUUCGAGGUGGACUCCGAGGGGAAGAUUCUGGACGUGAAGAUCUUCAUGGCCACCCUUUUCAAGGACGUAGACGACCUCAACGACGCAGGGCUCGAGAAUCUCACCUUGCACUACACGGGCAACGGCGUCGCUUUGACCAAAGCCGCCAUGGAGACGUGGAUGCUCAAUUUCAACAACAACGCAGCUGAGAAGCACGACCUUCUGGCGGCCGACGUGCGCCUGACGCAUAUGUCGCAAGUGACCGAUGCGCCUGAAACUCGUGACGGGAAGGCUGAAGUGAUAGACUUCUUCCGCGACUUCGAAAAUGCCACUGGGGCUCGAGAGUUCCUUUCCGUGGACGGAGGCGCCUUCAUGAUCGAGAACAAGGGCAAUAACCUCCACCCCCGGAUGGGACUCUUGAUUUUCGAGGUGAACCCCGAAGGCAAGAUCCAAGACAUCAAGAUUUGGGUGGCCUCCCUGCAGGGGGACAGAGACGACUUGAGCGACAGCGGCCUGACUAGCGUCGCGCCGUCGCUACUGGACUCACGCGGAGAGGGGGCCUCGGUUUCGGGUGCCUUGGCCAGCGCGACUGAGCCUGCUGUGUGCCAGCAAUCCGGCAGCCGACCAUCGCUGCAGCAGAUGCAGCGGUUCAACGCGUCGGUUGAAAAGGUGAAAGCGCUGGACCUGGAUGCUGUCGUGGCAGUUCUCGUGAAGAAGGACGGCUACUCGCCCACGAAGGCAGCAGAGCUCGCGGAGGAAUACCGCAAGUACCUGGCCCUGGUGAGCAUCGGUCUCAGCCCCGUGCCGUCGAAGAAGGUGGAUGAUGCAUGGCACGCCCACAUCCUAAACACCAAAAAGUACCAGGCAGACACCCGCGCUCUGUUGGGCCACUUCCUCCAUCACGAGCCGGCGAACCUUCUCCUGGAGCAGCAGGGCCUCAAAGAGCAGAAAUCGUCCAUGGACAACAUGUUCUUGCGCACCAAGAUGCAGCUCUGCGACUACUAUGGCCGCGUCGAUGAAGCGGCGUGGUCCAAGGAAGACGUUGCUCUUUGCGCCCAAUUCACGAUUUGCUGGAAUCUCGGUAGAUGUGGUCGAUCUCGUUCCGGCUUAGCCUGGCUCAAGAGCAAGAUUGCUGUAGUCACCUUCCUCUCACCUACCGCCAGUCCACCUUGGAUUGACAUUGCCAUGAAGCCCUCGUGCGUUGUGGCCUUCUUGUUUGCUUUGGCUUUCAAGGCCGGUGUGUCUGCCGACACCCUUCGGGUCGACGCCGGAACAGACGUCGCGGAUGCCGGAGGAACGGAAACCGCGGAAGCGUGCCAGUCUGGGAGCCUGAUCCAACGCCUGAGCUCAUCCCAUAAGGUGCUGUCCGACACGGAGGCGAUGCCAGCGGAGUCCCUCAAGACACCAGAGAUCAAGGAGAAGAAGAAGAAGAAGAAGAAGAUGAUGAAGAAGCAAAAGUCGGACAAGAAACACGCGGAUUUCAUGGCCUUUCUCGCCGAGGCAAAAAAGGAUGGGCCUGGGCAUCCCGAGGGCUCUGAGUGCGAGCCGGCAGGAGCUCCGCUAUUGGGCGAGAACAGGGCAAAGUUCGAGCUGCUUUCGCAGAAGGUCUCCGCCCUCGACCUGGACCCUGUCCUCGCCCGCCUUGUCAAGAAGAACGAUUACGCGCCCAAGCUUGCGAAGAGGGCCGCUGAUGAGUACCGGAAGUUCCUUGUCUUGAUGGGCAUGGGGGAGACACCGAUCGCCUCCCAUAUGGUUCUCGACGCCUGGCAUUCACACAUCAUGCCGCCAGUGCCUGUAAUUUCGCGCGAGACCAGGUACACGAAGAUGUACGAGCGGGACUGCCAGGAGGUAUUUGGCCACCAGCUGGAGCAUGACCCCCUUGGUCAGCAAUUGGAAGAAAGUCGCCUGAAGCAGACGCAGCAGCAGAUCUGUGAUUACUUCGGCAUGGUUGACCGACUUGUGUGGUCGGCAGCAAAGCCAGCUGCUCUCUCGGAGAGCACGGACCCUUCUGACACAGCGGCCAUCAUGGAUCAGUGGCUGGACCACAUCAACGAGGAGGUUGAACUCCGCAAAGGUCUCCUGGCAGAGAACGUCCACGUGAUGGUGGCUUCACAGCACACCAACACGGCCGUGACGCACACGGGCCUCGAGAACGCUCUGUCCUUCUUCCACCACUACAGCCAUGCCACCAGAGCCCGGAAGUUCCUGUCCGUGGACCACGAGGCCUUUGCCAUCGAGAUUGAGAAGGGCAAGCGCAUGGGGGCCGACAUCUUCGAGGUGGACUCCGAGGGGAAGAUUCUGGACGUGAAGAUCUUCAUGGCCACCCUUUUCAAGGACGUAGACGACCUCAACGACGCAGGGCUCGAGAAUCUCACCUUGCACUACACAGGCAACGGAUCCAUGGCGAUGGUCCAAGUCGGGGAGGCAGGCGUCGCUUUGACCAAAGCCGCCAUGGAGACGUGGAUGCUCAAUUUCAACAACAACGCAGCUGAGAAGCACGACCUUCUGGCGGCCGACGUGCGCCUGACGCAUAUGUCGCAAGUGACCGAUGCGCCUGAAACUCGUGACGGGAAGGCUGAAGUGAUAGACUUCUUCCGCGACUUCGAAAAUGCCACUGGGGCUCGAGAGUUCCUUUCCGUGGACGGAGGCGCCUUCAUGAUCGAGAACAAGGGCAAUAACCUCCACCCCCGGAUGGGACUCUUGAUUUUCGAGGUGAACCCCGAAGGCAAGAUCCAAGACAUCAAGAUUUGGGUGGCCUCCCUGCAGGGGGACAGAGACGACUUGAGCGACAGCGGCCUGACUAGCGUCGCGCCGUCGCUACUGGACUCACGCGGAGAGGGGGCCUCGGUUUCGGGUGCCUUGGCCAGCGCGACUGAGCCUGCUGUGUGCCAGCAAUCCGGCAGCCGACCAUCGCUGCAGCAGAUGCAGCGGUUCAACGCGUCGGUUGAAAAGGUGAAAGCGCUGGACCUGGAUGCUGUCGUGGCAGUUCUCGUGAAGAAGGACGGCUACUCGCCCACGAAGGCAGCAGAGCUCGCGGAGGAAUACCGCAAGUACCUGGCCCUGGUGAGCAUCGGUCUCAGCCCCGUGCCGUCGAAGAAGGUGGAUGAUGCAUGGCACGCCCACAUCCUAAACACCAAAAAGUACCAGGCAGACACCCGCGCUCUGUUGGGCCACUUCCUCCAUCACGAGCCGGCGAACCUUCUCUUGGAGCAGCAGGGCCUCAAAGAGCAGAAAUCGUCCAUGGACAACAUGUUCUUGCGCACCAAGAUGCAGCUCUGCGACUACUAUGGCCGCGUCGAUGAAGCGGCGUGGUCCAAGGAAGACGUUGCUCUUUGCGCCCAAUUCACGAUUUGCUGGAAUCUCGGUAGAUGUGGUCGAUCUCGUUCCGGCUCAGCCUGGCUCAAGAGCAAGAUUGCUGUAGUCACCUUCCUCUCACCUACCGCCAGUCCACCUUGGAUUGACAUUGCCAUGAAGCCCUCGUGCGUUGUGGCCUUCUUGUUUGCUUUGGCUUUCAAGGCCGGUGUGUCUGCCGACACCCUUCGGGUCGACGCCGGAACAGACGUCGCGGAUGCCGGAGGAACGGAAACCGCGGAAGCGUGCCAGUCUGGGAGCCUGAUCCAACGCCUGAGCUCAUCCCAUAAGGUGCUGUCCGACACGGAGGCGAUGCCAGCGGAGUCCCUCAAGACACCAGAGAUCAAGGAGAAGAAGAAGAAGAAGAUGAUGAAGAAGCAAAAGUCGGACAAGAAACACGCGGAUUUCAUGGCCUUUCUCGCCGAGGCAAAAAAGGAUGGGCCUGGGCAUCCCGAGGGCUCUGAGUGCGAGCCGGCAGGAGCUCCGCUAUUGGGCGAGAACAGGGCAAAGUUCGAGCUGCUUUCGCAGAAGGUCUCCGCCCUCGACCUGGACCCUGUCCUCGCCCGCCUUGUCAAGAAGAACGAUUACGCGCCCAAGCUUGCGAAGAGGGCCGCUGAUGAGUACCGGAAGUUCCUUGUCUUGAUGGGCAUGGGGGAGACACCGAUCGCCUCCCAUAUGGUUCUCGACGCCUGGCAUUCACACAUCAUGCCGCCAGUGCCUGUAAUUUCGCGCGAGACCAGGUACACGAAGAUGUACGAGCGGGACUGCCAGGAGGUAUUUGGCCACCAGCUGGAGCAUGACCCCCUUGGUCAGCAAUUGGAAGAAAGUCGCCUGAAGCAGACGCAGCAGCAGAUCUGUGAUUACUUCGGCAUGGUUGACCGACUUGUGUGGUCGGCAGCAAAGCCAGCUGCUCUCUCGGAGAGCACGGACCCUUCUGACACAGCGGCCAUCAUGGAUCAGUGGCUGGACCACAUCAACGAGGAGGUUGAACUCCGCAAAGGUCUCCUGGCAGAGAACGUCCACGUGAUGGUGGCUUCACAGCACACCAACACGGCCGUGACGCACACGGGCCUCGAGAACGCUCUGUCCUUCUUCCACCACUACAGCCAUGCCACCAGAGCCCGGAAGUUCCUGUCCGUGGACCACGAGGCCUUUGCCAUCGAGAUUGAGAAGGGCAAGCGCAUGGGGGCCGACAUCUUCGAGGUGGACUCCGAGGGGAAGAUUCUGGACGUGAAGAUCUUCAUGGCCACCCUUUUCAAGGACGUAGACGACCUCAACGACGCAGGGCUCGAGAAUCUCACCUUGCACUACACAGGCGUCGCUUUGACCAAAGCCGCCAUGGAGACGUGGAUGCUCAAUUUCAACAACAACGCAGCUGAGAAGCACGACCUUCUGGCGGCCGACGUGCGCCUGACGCAUAUGUCGCAAGUGACCGAUGCGCCUGAAACUCGUGACGGGAAGGCUGAAGUGAUAGACUUCUUCCGCGACUUCGAAAAUGCCACUGGGGCUCGAGAGUUCCUUUCCGUGGACGGAGGCGCCUUCAUGAUCGAGAACAAGGGCAAUAACCUCCACCCCCGGAUGGGACUCUUGAUUUUCGAGGUGAACCCCGAAGGCAAGAUCCAAGACAUCAAGAUUUGGGUGGCCUCCCUGCAGGGGGACAGAGACGACUUGAGCGACAGCGGCCUGACUAGCGUCGCGCCGUCGCUACUGGACUCACGCGGAGAGGGGGCCUCGGUUUCGGGUGCCUUGGCCAGCGCGACUGAGCCUGCUGUGUGCCAGCAAUCCGGCAGCCGACCAUCGCUGCAGCAGAUGCAGCGGUUCAACGCGUCGGUUGAAAAGGUGAAAGCGCUGGACCUGGAUGCUGUCGUGGCAGUUCUCGUGAAGAAGGACGGCUACUCGCCCACGAAGGCAGCAGAGCUCGCGGAGGAAUACCGCAAGUACCUGGCCCUGGUGAGCAUCGGUCUCAGCCCCGUGCCGUCGAAGAAGGUGGAUGAUGCAUGGCACGCCCACAUCCUAAACACCAAAAAGUACCAGGCAGACACCCGCGCUCUGUUGGGCCACUUCCUCCAUCACGAGCCGGCGAACCUUCUCCUGGAGCAGCAGGGCCUCAAAGAGCAGAAAUCGUCCAUGGACAACAUGUUCUUGCGCACCAAGAUGCAGCUCUGCGACUACUAUGGCCGCGUCGAUGAAGCGGCGUGGUCCAAGGAAGACGUUGCUCUUUGCGCUUCUCGCAGCUGCAAAUCUGGCAACCGUUUUUUUGUGUUUUUUUCUGUUUGUGAGUUCCUUUUUUGA